CGAGAGGGGGGAUCCAAUCCGGUUUGAGCUAGUUCUGGUGCUGGUCGGACGUUUAUGUUAAGUUACAGACCGCACGGGAAGUGUAGGCAGAGGUGUAGGGCUGACUCACAUUUCAUUUAGUUUCUUGACCUGUAAAACGGCUGUGUUGCUCUUUUAUCCCUGCCGUACAAUCUAAGCAACAAUGGGAAGGAAAAAAUCAACCGGUGAUGCAGAUGCAAGUGCAGAGCCACGGAGAAAGUCUCAGAGGUUGUCAGAAAAAGAGACGCAGCCAAAACCACAGCCAGAAAAGACAAAGGCACCUCCCAAGAAUAAAAAGGUGAAAGAGGCAGCAAAGGCCAAGCCAGAGGAGAAGAAAGAAGAACCUCAAGCAGAGAAAGAAGAGGCUCCUGCAGAAAACGGGGAAGCCAAACCUGAGGAGGCUGAAGAUGAGGCAGACAAAAAGGAGGACAAGGCUGAAGAGGAGGAUAAAGCAGCAGAGUAGUAGUAAAACCCCCAAAAACUCAGAUGCCAUUGCUACCUGUACCUCCUUCCUUGUACAAUGCAGAGAAUAUUUUUAUCUACUAUUUUCUUAAGACAGCAGUGUUUUUAGGAAUCUGACUGCACAAAUGCAUUUUAAAAAAUACUACAAAUUUCAUUUAAUUUCAUGCUUGUACUUGUUUUUUUCUCUGUCCCUCUGGCUUCCUACUUUGCUUGUAGGUUGUAGUUUUCUGCAUGACAUGCAGUCAUUUCUAUAUCAGGAAUUUGAUUUUCAAUUCCAGCAGAGUUUACCUUAGACAUUCCAGAGGCAUCUGAAGGGAUUUUAUGACCCUACAUCAUAAUGUGAUGUGUUUGAUUGGACGAUUGAAAGUUUGAGAGUUGUGUUCUUUGCUAAGUAACAUCUUGUUCACUUGAGCUGGAAUUGCCCACCCUCCUUUUUUUAAUGCAGUCUGUGAUAGUACAUUUGAGGACAGUUAAACUGAUCUACAUACUCAGCUGUGCUCAAAAUAAAAUGCAUCACAGAGUUUAUGAUAUGUGCUUUGGUUUAUCCUUUUAGGAUAACUGUAUUUUCACUUCAGUCAUCAAAAUGUAUAUGCCACAGAUUUGUGGAUAUAUUCAAUGUGGUUUUGGGAUUUCUCUAGUAAUGUACAGUUUCCUCUUUUUUUAAGAAAAAAACAGAAAAUGUUAAUUACAUGUUUUCUUUGUUAUGAAUGGUAUAAAAUGCCAAUUAAAGUGGAAAUUUCUCUUUAAAUAUUUGAUUGUCUCUCAUCAA